GGUCAAUGCUGUUUUCCUAUCUGGUUUCCUCUGUUGCUGGGCUGAGCUUGUCAUGUUACGUUAGCUAGCUGCUACUGUCAUAGGCAGCAAACACCCCCUUCUUCUGGUACUAUAGUUAUUAUUUUAACAAAUCUUCAGGUUUGCUACGCUACUUGGAACAAAGACUGGGGAAAACAGCCGAAGCGUGAGAUGAAAUGACAACGUCAACUCUACAGAAAGCGAUUGAUCUCGUCACCAAAGCCACAGAGGAAGACAAGGCGAAGAACUAUGAAGAGGCCUUGCGCCUGUACCAGCAUGCGGUGGAGUACUUUCUGCAUGCUAUCAAGUAUGAGGCUCACAGUGACAAAGCGAAGGAGAGCAUUCGAGCCAAAUGUAUGCAGUACUUGGACCGAGCAGAGAAGCUAAAGGACUAUCUGAAGAAUAAAGAAAAAGUGGGCAAGAAACCUGUGAAAGAGGCACAGAGCAAUGACAAGAGCGACAGUGACAGCGAGGGUGAGAAUCCCGAGAAGAAAAAACUCCAGGAGCAUCUGAUGGGUGCCAUCGUGAUGGAGAAGCCGAACGUGAGGUGGAGUGACGUGGCAGGACUGGAGGGAGCCAAGGAGGCCCUCAAGGAAGCAGUGAUCCUCCCCAUCAAAUUCCCCCAUCUCUUCACCGGCAAGCGCACCCCAUGGAGAGGGAUCCUGCUGUUCGGGCCACCAGGGACGGGGAAGUCAUACCUGGCAAAGGCAGUGGCCACUGAGGCCAACAACUCCACCUUCUUCUCCGUGUCCUCCUCAGACCUGGUGUCCAAGUGGCUGGGAGAGAGUGAGAAACUUGUUAAAAACCUGUUUGACCUGGCGCGCCAGCACAAGCCCUCCAUCAUCUUCAUAGACGAGGUGGACUCCCUCUGCGGCUCACGCAAUGAGAACGAGAGCGAGGCGGCGCGGCGCAUCAAGACUGAGUUCCUGGUGCAGAUGCAGGGGGUUGGAAAUAACAAUGACGGAGUCCUUACCCUGGGGGCCACCAACAUCCCUUGGGUAUUGGAUGCUGCCAUUCGCAGAAGGUUUGAGAAGCGCAUCUACAUCCCGCUGCCUGAGGAGCCGGCGCGGUCUGCCAUGUUCCGUCUGCACCUGGGCAACACGCCGCACAGCCUCAACGACGCCGACCUGCGUCAGCUGGCAUUCAAGACCCAGGGCUACUCCGGUGCCGACAUCAGCGUCAUUGUGAGGGACGCCCUCAUGCAGCCCGUGCGCAAGGUCCAGUCGGCCACACACUUCAAGAAGGUACGAGGCCCGUGCCGCACCAACAGCUCCAUGACGGUGGACGACCUGCUGACUCCCUGCUCCCCUGGCGACCCCGCUGCCAUAGAGCUGACCUGGAUGGACGUGCCGAGCGAUAAGCUUCUAGAACCCAUCGUGUGCAUGUCUGACAUGCUGCGAUCUCUGGCCACCACACGACCCACAGUCAACACUGAAGACUUGCUGAAGGUGAAGAAGUUCACAGAGGACUUUGGACAGGAGGGCUGAGAGAGAGAGAGAGACAGAGAGCUGCGGCGUAUAUCCCAGCUUCAGACAUCAACAAUGUUAUCCAGUAUCCCCCCCCCCCCCCCCCAAAACCUCAAUCCUCCCUCAUUCAUACAAUCCCAUCCCAUCUAAACCUGCAAACUCGACUGAACACCAUUGGACUAUCUACUCUAGACUAACCCACCAUGGUGACAAUGAAGGAGUGUUUUACCUUUUCUCUAAUGUGUACCUUUUUUUCUCUUUCUUGACCGCUCAAAGCAUAACAAAACGAAACAAAAUGGCUGAAGGACUUUUGUCUCUGCACCAGACAGUGCUGUGUGAUGUUUUAAAAAAAGAAGGAAAAAAAAGAAUCAUUUCAAAGGAAGAACCAGUGGCACGAGAAGCUAAUCAUUUUUAUGUUAAAGGAUUGCUGUGCGUGGGUACGUGCGCAUUUACUGUAAGAAUGUCCCUGUUCCUAAAUGUUUUUUUAUUUUUAUCGUUGUGUGCGGGUUGUGUGAGCGCUUCAAAGACUGCUGCGGUUUAAUUCGGGGCGUGACCUCUACUUCACCCUGUUUCCGCUACGUUAUCGAUGCUCAAAUCGUUUGCUCUGUUCAAGACAGUAUUUGUUUAUUUAUAUCUAUUUAUUUUUUUUGCCAUGUAGGACACUAAAAACUUAAAAUGUUUACUGGGCCACUGAAAGAAACAACCCAAGCUUUUGUGUUUGUUUUCUGCACUAAUCUGAUAGGGGGUAGUAUUGGAUGUUUGUGGAUGCAAUACCUCACAACCCUCCCCCGCCUCCAUAUGGAGGGGUAUUCACCAAGCGAUUUUCUUGUUUACCCGACAAGGACAGACCUGAGUAUGCAAAAGGCCCUCGGUCAUACUGCACAGGAUGAGCUCGUUUCUUCCAUUUCGUUCGAUCUCUGUAGUAGUUAAUGGUGCAGAUAGUGAUGUCAGCCUUGGUGUCCACAGAGGCAGUGGCCACCUGUUAGGACUACAACGUUUGCCUGAUCUGAUUAAACUGCGAUUCUAAAACCGUC